CAACGCACACGCGUCAACGUCUCUUCAAGAAAAAAUCUACGUGCAGUUCCACAAUGUCCGGUUUCCAGCUCCACAGCGGCGGCCAGGACGGUACCACCACCGCUCCCGCUCCAGCCUUCCCCGAUACAUACAUCACGUACAUGUACGCCUCCGCACCCCUACCCCACAUCCAUUCCACACCCACACACACACAUAGACAGCAACCAACUAACCACCCCAGCAUCCAAAGCGCGCCAAUCUCCGAAACCCCCCCACAGAGCCUCGAAGCCCAGCUCCAAUUCGAGCAGCAAACAGCCACGGAGUACGUAGGCCAGCUUAGCACGGCCGUCGCCGACCGCCUGCGCUCGCACAUCCUGCUGCUCGAAUCUAGGCUCGCGCUGCAGCGGCACCAGCAGGCGCAGCUGUUGCUGCAAGAGCAGAGGUUGCUGCGCGAGAGGCACGCGACUAGGCUGCCGUUUAGGGAGAGGGGGUUUGAGGCUCUGGCAAGGACGUUGGAACAUGAUGAUGAUGAUGAUGAGGAGGAUGAGAAGGAGGAGCAGCAGUUGGGGCUCGAACAGAUGAGUCUCGCGCUCCGCCCGCGCCAGAGUUAUGCUCUGCCUGCUGCAUCUGCCCCAGCCGUACCGAUCCAGACCCCGACCCCCCAGAUCCAGACCCCGAAAUGCGCAUGCGGCAUCUGUCCGCUCGGCGGCUGCGACUUCUCGCUCGCAACCGAGAAUGGGACCUGCAUGGCCUGCAGAUGCGGAUUCAAGCCGCGUGAGCGCUGCCCUUGCGGUGGGUGCUGGAAGGGCGAGUGCGAGUUUGAGGACACGCUGGAGGGGCAGUGUGAGUGCUGCAGUUGCACGGCUCGUGGGGGGAGGGUUUCGCGGAAGUGA